UUGAAUCUCUUUCAAGCCUCUAACAAGUCAUUCACAGGGGAAUCACUGAGACAUUUUGUGCCUCGGGCCACGGCUGAAUGUGAGUCAUCCUCCUCGACGUUGCAGUCCUGUAACUUUUGACAUGAAGCUCCUCCAUCUAUCCCGGGUCUGGGGGGGACACGCAUCACCUCUCCCAUCUGGUCGGCCCGGCCGCGCAGACGCAGUGUGGUUCUCCAUCAUCCUCAAUAUCCCAGUCUAGGAGAACCAGCGGAGGCUGUGAACUAAUGGGAGCCAUGGGAAUACCACUACCCAAGUCUCCUUGGGAACAAAGACAUUGACUGCGUCCCUAUUUGAGAAUCACCAAUUCUGGGAAUCAACAAAUGGUAAUAUUUUUUAUUUUCUUUAGAGGACUCUGAGGCACACAGUAGACUCCUGUGUCUCGCAGGACUUCGCCCCGGAUCUCAAGCGACGUUGGCCAUUGUCUUCCCAAAGUCAGAUGCAUCACCAAUGGCUCUGAUUGAGAAGACACCAUGAUGGAAGUCCCCACACCAUUCAGAAGCCAAACCAUGAAGCAGCUCAAAGGGUAGGGUCUGCCGUGAGCUCGCCUCACCCCCAUCCACCCUCCCUUUCACCCAACCCAAACCCCAAAACAAACCCACCCACCCUCCAAGGCUGACCUGUAAAUUCAGCUUUGAAUCUUCAUCCUUGGUUCCAACCCCACCACCACCAAUGCGGCUUUAGAGGAUGAAAAUGAUGUGUGCAACAAAGACACCAGUUGAUGAGUUAUAGAUAUACCUCUUUGGUGUCAAACGUAAAACCAGUGGAGCAAUGAAUGGAGGAAAGGACUUUGAAGCAGGAGACGAGCGGCAGACUGCUCCUGUCCAGGUCCCCAUUGGCUGGCAGCGGAAGCCGGAGCCUAGUGGAGGGGUCGUCUAUGUAAGCCCCAGUGGCUCAGUGCUGUCCUGCUUGGAGCAGGUGAAAACCUACCUGCUGACAGAUGGGACCUGCAAAUGUGGCCUGGAGUGUCCACUCAUCCUCCACAAGGUGUUCAACUUUGACCCCGGGGCUGCAGUCAAGCAGAGGACAGCUGAGGAUGUGAGGGCAGACGAGGAUGUAACUAAGCUAUGUAUCCACAAGAGGAAGCUGCUGGCUGUGGCCACUCUGCACAAGAGCAUGGAGACGCACCCGACUCUGGCUCUCACCAGUCCAGGAGGAGGUGCAGUACCUAUGGUCCCUGCGCAUUCCACAAGUCAACGAGCAAUAAGGACUAAACCACAUGAGGGUCUGCCAAACUCUGCUGUCCCUGACUGCAAGAACCCCUUCAAGAUGAUGAUGGCAGGAGGCCAACAGCAGCAGCAGAGACUGUACACACCCCAGGAAGUGGGUGGGGUCCAACAGUCAGAGCUCUACCCGGGUUACCCCAGGCAACAGAGACUGGGGAGUGGGGAGCCAGGCCCAAAGUCUCCCUACCGGGCUGGAUAUGGUAGCAUGCUAAGCCCACCUCCCUCCAGCUCCAAGCUGUAUGGAGAUGACUCGCAGUCCCCCAGCACGGAUACCCUGGGCAGCCCUGACAGCUUUCCAAGGACAAACUCCUGUGGGUUCCCUGGUGCUGGCAGCCCCAGCCCGGUCUCUCUCCAUGGAAAUAGCCGGACACCUCUCUCCCCCCCCAGCAUGAUGCUUCACGGCUCCCCGGCUGGCCAGCCAUCCUGCGCAAUGGCAGGGAGGACUAGCACACCUCUCUCCCCCACAGCCACUGCCAAAAGCCCAGUCAUGAACAUGCCUAGGGGGAACUUGCCCCCUGGGAUGGAUAUGCCUCGAGCAGCGUUUCAUCAUAAAACUCAGCCUGCCCAUCACCCUGUACCACCCCCGCCCUCUAUUCCUCCUCUUUGUGCCCUUCAGAAAAGACAGCUGACCUCUGAGAAAGAUCCCUUAGGGAUUCUGGACCCCAUCCCCAGUAAGCCCGUCAGCCAGCCCCCCACCAAUGCCCCAAAUCCCUCCAACUUUCAGCCUAACAUCCACUCUCAGGUACCAAUGAUGAAUGUAAACAUCCCCCCUCCCGCCAUUGUCCCCUUGCCAAGCAACUUACCUUUACCCACGGUUAAGCCUGGGCCUGUGGGACAUGGCGGCCAUGUUCAAAGGUCUCAGCAGGCCGGGCCCGGCCCCUCUAUGUCGCCGUCUCCAGUGACCUCCCCAGUCCACAUGGGGCCUGCUCUGGGCAGAGUGGAGGCCUCCCCGCACCGGUCGCGCUCCUCUUCCACUUCCUCUGACCAUGGGAACUUUGCCAUGCCUACAGGGCACCAGGCCCCAUGUAGCACCAUGAAGGUCCCCCCUCGCUCCCCAAGGUCGACCAUGGGUUCCCCCCGACCAGCCAUCCCAUCCAGCCCCUCCACCAACAAAGCAGACCAACUUCAUCAGUACAAAGACUCUCAGCUCCUCACUGGGAUGGGGAACACCUCUGUUGGUCCCCAGCUGAACCCCAACCCCAUUUACUCCCCCACAUCCUCUUCCUCAUCCUCGUCCACCCCAAGCGCUUCCCAGAAGGGGCACCCAGGUCUCCUGGGAUUGCCUCUCAACCAGAUCCUUAACCAACAGAAUGCUGCCUCCUUCCCCGCCAGCAGCCUCCUGUCUGCAGCCGCCAAAGCACAGCUAGCAAAUCAAAACAAACAUACCGCUGCUGGUAACAGCCCUGCUGCCAUGGCAACUGGUGCUGCUGGUGGUGGUAUGGGCGCCACAGGGACAGGAGGUGUGGGUACAGGAGGGGGUGUAGGGCACCCUGGCUCUCUGGGUGGCCCCCGUGCCUUGGAGGGGCACAGCACUUUAAACCCCAUGCUUGCGCCCAGCUCUGCCAUGAUACUCAACACACCGGAAGGUCAGAGUGGCCGUGCAGCGCUAAGAGACAAACUGAUGGCCCAGCAGAGAGACCCCCUGCGUAAGCGCAAGCAUUCGUCCACCUCCACAACAGUCAACCACGAUGGCAGCAACAACAUGGUCUACAGUAUUCUUAACAAACCAGGUUUGGGGGGCACCCGGGCACCAGGACCCAACCCCACAGAACAGCUACGAAAGGUCGCCCGACUGGGAAACCUCCCCCCAAACACCUCCAUGGCCCAGCUGCUCCAGUCUAUGAGCUGCCAGAGCUCCCACAACCUGGGUGGAAACAGCCUCCGGCCUGGGCUGGGACCUAGUCCUCCAGGAGGCGGACAGCUACACUACAGUGACGGCACCCCCAUGGUCCCUGGGGCCCAACAGCAGAACCUUUUGGCCCAGCAGAGGCUGCGUGGCCCAGUAGAUAUCAUGCAGCACUGCCAGAACAUGGAUUCCUCUGGGGGCCACUCAGGCUCCCACGCAGGCCAGUUUCCUGAUAUGAUGGCCCAGAUGCAGGCCUCAUCCAUGGGAAGUUGUGGGCCCCUCGGGCCUGGUGGUGGACAGGUGGGCCAUGAUGGAAUGCCACUGGGUCAUCCCAACAGUAACCCUCCCCCUUUGUCUCACCCUGGGUCUCACCGCCAGCAGCAGGGUCUCCUCCGUGGAAUGGGACGUACCAACAUGGCAGUGAUGACACUUGGGGGCAGCGAUGGCAGUUGUGGACAGGCUAUCCCGGAUGCAGGAAACCUCUCAUCAAUGAGCUGCAGUAUGAGCAGUCUGCAGCCCCAUGCCACCAGUGGUGCAGGUCAGCUGUACCAGCAGCAGGUCCACCAGGGCAUGCAGCAGGGUGUGGCCCCCCAUUCAGCAUACCAUGGUCAGCAGCACUUUCCUGACACUUCCUCUUACCAGGACGGCACCAACCCUAACACCGGCUCCAUGACCUGCCUCUACCAGAACUACCAGCAGGGGAUGAUAUCCCAGGCCCAGUUCGGGGAGGGGCAGCAGCAAGAACUGCAGACCCAGGGAGAGGGACUUACAACUGGGACAACGGACCCUGAAAGGCUCCCUGGUGGCGGCUCAGAGUCUGUGGACGCCAUCUACAGAGCAGUGGUGGACGCCGCCAGCAAGGGCAUGCACGUUACCAUCACCACCACGGUGAGCGGGACCACACAAGCCAACCCGGUGCCCGCUCUCAGCGCCAUGAGUGCCUUCACUGCCUCCAUAGGGGAACCUGUCAACCUUCCCCAAGCGGUCAGCGCAGUCAUUCACGGCCACCAGGAAGGGGAGGUCCUCCUGCAGCAGCCCAGACCGAGACUGGCUCGACCAGGACGUGCACAGAAGAACCUUGAGCCCGGGAAGAGCACUCCAGAUGGACAGGAGGCCAACGACUACUUCCGCUCGCCUGGCCGCAGAACUCCCAGGGGGCAAUGGGAGGGGGACACGCAGCACGGAGGAGGCUUCGACCCACACAGCAACAACAGCGCCUGGGGGGGCGAGGAGUUCCUGGAGUGCUCCACCCAGGUAAGGAGUAGUCCCUGCAUGGAGAGACUGGGCAGCCUGGCUCCAGCCCCACCCUGCCCUUCUGAGAGCUCCCACAACCAUGGCCUGAACACAGACAAAGCCUUCCUCGAUGACGGUUUCCGCUUCAACAACUGCAGCCGCACGCCUGCCAACUACAAGGAGCGUCUGGACCAGACUGUGGAGCACUGCGCCCACAUCAAUGGUCACACCCCCCAGUUCGCCACCCGGGCUUAUGGCGAGGUCCUGGGCCCUCCACGGCAGGAGCUAACAGGGGACGACCAGUCCCCGAGCUCCUCCACCAGCCUGGAGGGACCACUGGCAACCACCAAGGACUACAGCCACUACAAUGGGCACUUCAAUGGUAUGGCGCCCAGCCCCUCAGACACUAAGAGCCUGAGCAGUGAGGAAGACCUGCGGCAACCGGACUCUCCUUCCUCAGAGCUGCUCCAGUAUCGACCCAGGACAUUUAACAUGGGGGAACUAGUCUGGAGCCAGUUGAAGGGCUUCCCACCCUGGCCUGCCAAACUGGCUGGGGACGAGCAGAUGCACAAUGCUGCUAUGCAGCUCAGAGAACAGGCCAAGGUUGAACCCGAGAAGCUGAAAACACUAACUCACGACCUGGAAGCACUUGACCGAGCCGCCAAAAGAAACCGCAAACCCGGGAAACUGAAUAAUCACUUGGAAGCUGCUAUACAUGAGGCCAUGAGUGAGCUUGAUAAGAUGUCGGGCACUAUCCCAUCGAGGGACCGUCAGCUAAAGUUGCCCAAACCUAAAAGGAGAAAGAUCUCUAGAUAACAUUGAAUGUCUCGGCCCGCACAGUCAACUCGGAAGCCUUCGGGACAACGGUCCGUACAGCCUUGACGCCAACUCUGAGCUCUCCACCAGGUGCUACACACACGGACGUUAGCGGUACGAUGUUGCUCCAUCGAAUCGACUCAACUGACCGACCACGGAAGGUGCUGGAAAA